GAGUUGCAGGGGGGGGGAGUGGUCUGGACAGCAUCCGUUCUGCAGGGGGCUGGCUCACCUUAUCGCCUGCCCAGUGGGUGGUGCGUCAGAUCCAGUUGCAGGUGCUUUGUGGCUGAAAGGGGAACCCACUCUCAGUUGAAGCAGCCACCACCUGCCUCCUGCCUGUGGCCAGUAAUGCGAGCCCAAGGAAGGAGCCAUGAGGUGUCCAGGGUCCCCACCCGCUUCUCCUACAAUCCUCUAGCUGGGAAUAUCUUUCUGGUGGAGUGGAUGCAGCCAAUGGCCACAGAUAUGAGAGAUAUGCCCAGACGUGGUGUUAACCCAAGGCCACCAUCUUCCCUCCAGGAUGCUGCAGCCUGAAGGCCCCCACGCCUUGGAGGAGAGGGCAGCCCUGACGACCCCACGGAAUGACUGCAUCGUCUGCUACUCUGCCUAUGACCUCUCAACACACUUGCCUCGACGCCUCUACUGUGGCCACACCUUCUGCCAGGCGUGCAUGCGGCGGCUGGACACUCCGGCCCAUGAACAGCACUGGAUCCCCUGCCCACAGUGCCGUCAAAGCACCCCUAUGCCCCGAGGAGGGGUGACCAUGUUGGACCUGGACCUAGCUGCCUUUUUGGCAGUCAAAGCUGAACGGGAACCAUCAAGAAUAGAACCCAGGUCCUCUGUCCCCCUCAAAGUCAGCAGUACCAUCACUCAGCAGCCAGCCGAACUCUACCCCACCUUGGGUCCCCAACCCCACUUUCCUCAGCCUGGCUGCUGCUGCUGGGGCUGGGGAAGACUGUGUUGGUACCCUCCUGGGAACCCUGAGGUCUAAAUUCUGGCUAUCUCCACUUCCACAAAGCAAACUGUGCUGGCAGCUUGCCUGCCUUGGAGCCACUGAUCAUACGCUGUGCAAACGGAACAGCCUGCCAGCAGGGAAUCCUUCUUAUAGACCUAUGGCCCAACAUAGUGGUGUCACCCUGACCAGGGACAUCUCAGGUUAUAGCCUAAGGUCUGAGUCAAUGGCCACAGUAGGCUGGUCCCCAUUUACUGGUCUAGAUUCCCAUAUACCCUAAACUAGCCUGACUUUGUUAGGCUAGCCAACGCUCUUCUGUCUGUGUCGCCUGCAAACCCAGGACUUAGCUCAGAGAGUGGCUCCUACGAGUCCGUGGGGAUGAGUGCAGGGGCUGGCACGGGGCCAGGCUGUGGUUGUGCAUGAGUGACUGGCCUCAGAGCAGGUCUGCCUCUCCACAGACAUUCAGAGGUAUGAACCAGGAGGGAGAGCAGGUUACCUACUUUGUGCCCAGAGUCUUACAUGUUUCACCUAUUCCACACUGGCUACUGAGCUCCUACCAUGAGCCAGGCACUAUUCUGAGAGUGUCUGCUGCAGCACAAAGUCACCUCUGCAACAUGCAUCACAGAAGGGUACCAUAGGGACAGGGGUCUUGCCUGAGGUCUCACAGCUCAUCAUCCUAUCUCAUACAAUUUUGGUUUGUUUUUAAUUUGCUUUUUGUUUUUUGUGGGUUUUUUUUUUUUGAGACAGGGUUUCUCUGUGGCUUUGGAGGCUGUCCUGGAACUCUCUCUGUAGACCAGGUUGGCCUCGAACUCAGAGAUCCGUCUGCCUCUGCCUCUCGAGUGCUGGGAUUAAAGGCAUGUGCCGCCACCACCUGGCUCAAUCAUCCUAUCUCAAGACUCCCAGCCUCCUUCUGCCUCUAGUGACCAUAAUAACACAGACCCUUCUGUAGGUGCUAGAGGUUACAAAUUACUGACAACCCUCAGGCCAAAGCUGUAAUCCUCCAUCCCGCUAGGAAGGAGCUGAGUUCAGGAGCCCUUGAGAGGGGCCUCCUGGGGAGUGGUUGUAGGAUGGGGAGGAAAGAGAAUUUGCUGAAUAGACACCAAGAAAACUCCUUCCCUGGGCAAAGUCCCUCAAGCACCCAGGGACAGAGCUGGGCAGUGAACAGAGCAGGGUGCUGGAGCCUACAGGGCCCCUGGGGAAGUAGCUUAGAGAGGAGGGCCCAGUCCCCUCCAAGGACUGGAAGGGGCUGAUCCACAAGACACGACAUUUCACAGCACAUGGGCUCAGAAUAGCACUCAUCUGGGAAAAGACUCUCAGAUAGGGUUCGGGCAAUGAGCACUGGAGUGGGGAAAGACUCUGCCCUCCCUCCAUCCAUCUUUGCAGAUAGAGACUCUGUCCUGACCCCCCUGCUGGCCUCCACAGAAAGCCCUUCCUGGACCUAGCCCUACCGUCAAAUUCAGAUUUGAAUCUGCUGACCUGAGAGCCUGGGUACCUUCCCAGGCCACCUGAGGGAAUCUGUCUUCCACACCCAGCUGGUGCAAAGGGCUUCCUCCAUCUCAUCUCUGUCAGGUGCACGGACGACCAUGAUAAGGUUUGCUGAGCUCAGAGGAACACAGAAAGAGGAUGGCAACAUUCUGAGCUCCCUAGGCAGCCCCAGCCAGAAUGAGAGCGUCCUGCCUGGACGGUGUGGAGUGUCCAUUAAAUGAAUCAGAUGCCUA